UUUUGAUUUUUUUUGUUUGUAAACAACAAGUUAAUCUUAAUUGUGUUUUAUUUUUAAAAAAAUUGUUUAUUAAUAAGUUAAUUGAAUUAAGUUUUACGGUGUUCUUGUUAAUAUGUCUUCUGAUUUUGUUGGUGAUGAUGAUUUUCCUCCAGCUGAAGAAAGUGACCCGGCAUCUGAUUUAUCAUCAAAAAUAUUGUCUGAAGAUGGAGAUGAUGUUGAACCUGUUGAAAAAUCCACUGAAGAUGAAGAAUUAGAAUCCGAUAAUGAAGGUCAACAAGCUGAAGAUGGAAGUAGCCAAAAGGAUAGUCAAUUAAUUGUGGACGAUGAAGAUGAAGGAGGUGAACAACAGAGGGAACAAGAAACAGAAGAAGGAGAAGGAGAUAAAUCCAAAGAAGAUGAGGAAAUUGAAGAGAGUAAGGAAGACAAUGAGCCAGAUUCUAUUGGUGAUGAUUUGGAAUCCGGUGAUGAAGGUGAAGAAGCUCAAGAUGGAAGAGUUAAAAAGAAACGCCGUUUAAUUGUAGAUGACGAUGAUGAUGAAGAUGAAGAUGGUGAAAAAGGAGAUCCAGAGAGUGAAGAAAGUAAAGAAGACGAUGAAGCAAAUGAAUCACUUGGAAAAUCAAUUGGUACGUUGCUGUCUGAAGAUGAAGAUGAAGGAACCGAAGGAACCGAAGAAGCCGAAGAUGGAAGAAGUAAAAAGAAGCGUCGAUUAAUCGUAGAAGAUGAUGAGGAGGAUGAAGAUGGAGAGAAAGAAGAUAAAGAAGAUGAUGACCUGUUGGAAAAAUCAAAUGAAGAUGAAGCAGAGGCAGAAGGUGAAGCUGAAGGAGGUGGUGGUGGUGAGGUCGAAGCCGAAGGCCUUGACGAUGGAGAAGGUGAAGGCGAAGGCGAAGGUGACGCCGAGGGUGAAGAAGCCGGUGGAACAUCAAAGAUGAAGGACCCAGCGGUUCCUGAUCUUUCCAGUGAUGAAGAAAGUGACGACGAUGGUAAAAGGCGAAGCAAAGUUCCAGAUGACUUCGUCUACGAUUUUGAUCUCAUGAUGGCAAGAAAAAAGGAGGAAAGUUAUCGAAGCAGAAAGAGGAAAAAUAUCGACAUUAUUAACGACAAUGACGAUAUUAUCGCUGAUCUAAUCACUCAAAUGAAACAAUCAGCUGAUGAGGAUUUCGAAUUGAAUAAAAAUCGAAAGGCAGCAACUUGUAAACUUAGACUUUUACCCGUCGUCGAAACACAAUUACGAAAAAUAGAUCUUAGGGAAUCGUUUCUCGAUGCCGGUGUUCUCGGUGUAAUAACCGAUUGGUUGACACCUUUACCUGACCGGAGUUUACCUAAUCUUCAAGUGAGAGAAACGAUGCUCAAGCUACUUGGAGAGUUUAACAUAAUGGAUGUUGAAAGACUCAAAGCAAGUGGCAUUGGAAAAGCCGUUAUGUAUUUAUUUAAACACCCGAAGGAAACUAAAGAUAAUAAGAAACGAGCUGGUGUUUUAAUCUCCUCCUGGUCAAGGCCAAUAUUCAGUUUAGAUACCGAUUUCCAUUCAAUGUCGAAAGAAGAAAGAGAACAAAGAGAUUUCGAUCAUAUGACCAAAUUAACUGAAAAUAAGCGAGGACGAACUGAGCCCAAAACACCGCCAUCAUCAAGUCGAAAAGGUCAAGCUGAAUCAGAAAAGACACUUAGACCAGGUGAUAAAGGUUGGAUUCCUCGUGCUCGUGUUCCUGCUCCGUCGACCCGUGAUUAUGUUGUUAGACCAAAAUCUACCGUUGAUUCCGAAAUGAGUAAAUCGGGAAGUAAAAAAGCAAUCACCCGAUUAGAUAAACAUCUUCGCAAUUUCCGAGAGAAAAAGAAAUUAAUGAAAACCCAACGAGCUGUUCCAAUUAGUAUUGAGGGUCGGCGAAUGACACUUUAAACAAUUAACAAUUUACAUUAAUUUUCUUUCAUUCAUCAUUAUAUAUUUUUCCAAAUUUUCGAUAAAAGUGAGAGUGAGUGUGUGUGUGAGAGAGAGAUACAUCCAUCAGAUAAAUAAAUGACUUAACCACAUUGAUUUUAAUUAA